CAAGCAGCAGCAGCAGUAGCAGCACUGCCGUCGCUACCACCUCCUCGACUUCGUCGCGUCUCUUUCUCUCUCUUUCUCUCCCUCUCUCCUUUUCUCUCUCUCUCUCUCUCUUUCUCCCCCUUUCCCUCACACAUCGGUACACCUCCCCUCCCACCCCCAUCCCUCUCGACUCGCCGCACCAACCCUCUCGCGCGCGCCUCGGCGCCUCGUCCUCCUCCGGUGCCGAUGCCGCAGUACCGACUGCUUUCCGCGGAAGGUGGAAACCCGUGUAACGCGGCCGUAUAUAGAUUUUCAAUUAGUCAAGGGGCGGCCGUGUAGGAAAUUAUGUGUCGCGUGUCGCCACGAAUUGCCGCAAGUACUUGAAAUACUCGUCGUCGUCGUCGUCGUCGCCGCCGCUGCCGCCGCUGACAUCGUGCUUUUUGGAUUUUAUUAUCCCUUCGCCGAUUCUCGUUGCGCGUGCGAGUGGCAAACCGCGUGAAUCUCUUGCGCGCGGGUACUACGUCGCGUCAUAUCGCGCGCGUAUUCUAUUUCGUUCUUUAUACGACCGGCCAACGUGGGAAGAUCGAUUUCCCACUGGCGGCUGUUUCCAACAAUUCGGAACGUUUGGCAGAAAGAAAAAAAAAAGAAAAAGCGUGCAUACGAGUUUCGCCUCGGUUGAGUGUUUACCAGGAUCACGUUGUGGACUCGCGAUCCUUUCCCCUUCUCUCACCAGGUCCCGUGUGAGGCGCGAUGACAACUCGUCGCCAGUGACGACGGUCGCGGGAGUUAGGAGAUAGGUCGAUCUCCUCCGCCUGCCACGGUCGCGUUGCGCUGCGUCGCGCCGCGCCGAGCGCAUCAUCGUCGCGGAGCCCCGUCCCCGGCGAUCUUGGUGAUCACCAGGAUCACUCCGCGGGAGCGAGGAUGUUGCGCGCGGCCUUCGCCGUCCUACUGCCCCGACUCCUCGUUCUGUCGUCGCUACUGAUCCAUUCAGGCGUCGUCGUCGUCGUCGUCGUCGCCCUACGCAUGACGUCUCUGCAGAUACCGGCGCACGUCGUGCUGAAUGAGACGGUGCGCAUGCAGUGCAACUUCAACUUGGACAAAGAGCUAUUGUAUUCUGUGAAGUGGUACAAGGACGGCCACGAAUUUUAUCGCUAUACGCCCAGAGACGCGCCCAUGGUGCUAACGUUCCCGGUGCCAGGCGUAAACGUAAACAGGGACGAGUCCACCGAGAGUUCGGUUGUCUUGAACAACGUGAAUCUGACGAGCUCGGGGAGGUAUCGAUGCGAAGUGUCGGGCGAGGCGCCCGCCUUUGAGACGGUCUCUGAUCACGGGGACAUGAUUGUAGUCGUUCUACCUAACGAAGGACCGCAGAUAACCGGUGGUCGUUCCAAGUAUCAGGUGGGCGAUGUCGUUCACAUGAACUGCACGUCGGCACCUUCUAAACCACCUGCGCUAUUGUCCUGGUUCAUCAACGACGAGCCGGCCAACACCGACUACCUGAUAGGGCCCAAUGUCGUCGACGAGGGUAACGGCCUGGAGACCGCGCGACUCGGUCUGAAAUUCCGCGUCGCGAACAAGCACUUCAGGCGGGGCGACAUGAAGCUAAAGUGCUUGGCCACAAUAGCCACGGUCUAUCUACAGAGCAACGAGGAGAGCGUGGAGGGCGACGAGAGCGUUCUGAAAACGCCUAUAAUGGAGAGCCGCGAGACCCGAGCGCAGAGCCACACUCGCGAGGACCUGACGAACGGAUCCGCAAGUGUUGCAGUUCAGUGGAGGAUCCUCGUCGCCCUGAUCACAUCGAUCGCAGUCGCGCGAUAAUAACGACAUGCGUUCUUUUUUUCCUUUCUUUCUUAUCCUCCUCCUUUCUUCCCUUCCCAUCACAUUGCUUCCUAAUCAUGGUAAACGUUAGGGGACAUCGGUUUCGCCCUAUCUACUACUAUUAAUUCCUAAUCCACGUAACCAUACAUAACGCGAUACCGAUAUGCAUAUAAUAAGUGUACGUCCAUUUACGCGUCGCCGCGGCGUACGACAAAGUCUUACAAUUGAAGCCCGUAUAUAGGACUACGCAUUGAAGAGAUUGAAAAUUGCGAAUUAAAGAUUAAAAUUUGGCCAAUCGGAUAAUUUUAAUCCAUUUCAUUCAAAUUGAUUGAACUCUAAUCCCCAAUUUGUAAUCCUCAAUCUCUAAUACGUAGUUUAAUAUAUGGGCUUAAUGUGCGCUCUAGGCUCUAUAAAUGUAUUGUCUCGUGCCCGCGUGCGAGGCGGACGAUUGGCCGCGAUCGAUAUGGAUCGCACAGACACCUCAAUUAGUAAGCUUACGUUGUUUGUCAUCAUUUUGACGCAAAAUGACGAUAAAUAAUAUCAACUUGCUAUCUGCGACGCGCGGCGUGAUCCGACGCCCCGCGCGUUCGUUUAGAUCGUCCAAAGUUUCUCUACAGCGGGACACGUCGCGAAAGCCGGCGUCUUUUGUAUCGCUUUCGAGAUACGAUUCGAUGUUAUUGUUACUACGAUUUUUACAAAGGGAUUUUCUAUUUUCACGACAUAUCAUUUUCAUUCAUUCGGCAAUCGCGUCCACGCACGACGGCCGGACGGCAAUCUUCCCAAAACCGAAUGGUCCUUGUAAUAUUUAUUUAUUUGAUCUCCAUAAUAAAUUAUACAUGUAAUUUUUA